AUGCCUGACUAUCUAGGUGAAGAUCAACGAAAAACCAAACAAAAAGAUGAUAAAGAUGACGACAAACCCAUCAAAGCGCUCGACGAGGCCGAAAUCGCACUUUUAAAAUCCUAUGGCGCUGGACCAUAUGACAAAGCCAUCAAGAAAACCGAAGAGGAUGUGCAAACGAUAUUAAAGCGAGUCAAUGAAUUAUCGGGUAUUAAAGAAUCAGAUACUGGUCUUGCGCCACCGGCAUUAUGGGAUUUAGCAGCCGAUAAACAAGCUCUUCAGAGUGAACAACCAUUACAAGUAGCACGUUGCACCAAAAUCAUCAAUGAAGGAAGUGAUGAUGCCAAAUACAUCAUUAAUGUUAAACAAUUCGCUAAAUUUGUUGUUGAUCUUGCUGAUACCGUUUCACCAACAGAUAUUGAAGAAGGAAUGCGCGUUGGUGUUGAUCGUAAUAAAUAUCAAAUUCAUUUGCCGUUACCACCUAAAAUCGAUCCAUCUGUAACAAUGAUGCAAGUAGAAGAAAAACCGGAUGUCACUUAUAGUGAUGUUGGUGGAUGUAAGGAACAAAUCGAAAAACUUCGUGAAGUCGUCGAACUUCCACUUCUACAUCCGGAGAAAUUUGUCAAUUUGGGUAUUGAACCACCAAAAGGUGUUUUAUUGUACGGACCACCAGGCACAGGAAAAACUUUAUGCGCGAGAGCUGUUGCCAAUAGAACUGACGCCUGUUUCAUUCGUGUAAUUGGUUCUGAACUCGUUCAGAAAUACGUUGGCGAGGGUGCACGAAUGGUCCGUGAAUUAUUCGAAAUGGCGCGCGGUAAAAAAGCUUGUAUUAUCUUCUUCGAUGAAGUUGACGCUAUCGGCGGAGCACGGUUUGAUGAUGGUGCUGGUGGUGAUAACGAAGUACAACGUACUAUGCUUGAAUUGAUCAAUCAAUUAGAUGGUUUUGAUCCACGAGGAAACAUCAAAGUAUUGAUGGCUACCAAUAGACCGGAUACACUUGAUCCAGCUCUUGUUCGUCCUGGUCGACUCGAUCGAAAAGUCGAAUUCAAUCUGCCAGAUCUAGAAGGUCGAACACAUAUAUUUAAAAUCCACACGAAAUCGAUGAGUGUGGAAAAGGACAUCCGUUAUGAAUUGUUAGCUCGAUUAUGUCCAAAUAGUACCGGUGCAGAAUUACGCAGUGUUUGUACAGAAGCUGGCAUGUUUGCUAUCCGUGCUCGACGAAAGAUCGCUACUGAGAAAGAUUUCAUCGAAGCUAUCAACAAAGUUAUCAAAGCCUAUGCCAAAUUUAGUUCAACACCACGUUAUAUGACAUAUAAUUAA